GUCAGCGCACUCCGCGAGCUUCACUAAGGAUAGUUCCGAAGCUGUCAGCAUUUUCUCGUAUUAAUGCUAGAGAAGCCUCCGACAGAGCACGUAAGAAAGCAAGGCUCACUAUUUCACAAGGGUCGAUGAAUCAUAUCUGCACCAGCGCGUUCCUUCAUUUGCUCUGCUUGGCCAGUUCGUAUGGAAAACAUUGUCCGCAGAAAAAGUGCAUUCAGGAGUGGUGUCCUGCUGUAUUCGACAAAAACAAAAACACUUACAUCGGGCAAGGAUCGCGUGAUGGACAGUACCACACUUCGUGUUUGAAAUUAUGGUGCCCAGCUGUCACGCGUUUUUCAAAAAAUGAGUGGCUUUGUCUUUCUGAUCUUGAUCCGGAUAUGCUAACGAUGACAACUACGAAACAGGAGCCAAUAACGGAAACAAAUGAAACACCAGCUGACAGGGAACAAACAAAACCUCAAGAUAGUGAGCAAGAUGGCGGAGAACAGGAUAAGUACAAAGCUUUCCGUGAUCCUUCUCCAUAUUGCAUAGGAAAGGACGGAAUGGAAUUUCCCGACGGAAAAGGAUGUGUGCUGGAGCAUACACAAGACCCCAAUAGCGGUAAUCCUCAAUGUACUCUCGGCGUAUGCGACAAUGGCAACUGUGAAUCCACGGACCGCUCAACAUGUCAAUCUCCCUGAUGCCACUCCAAGCCAGAGCUUUCUGAGCAUUUUUUUUCAAAUAUUACUCAUUAGAGUUGCACUAUUGGCACGGACGAAAGUGCAAUAGUCAGAAUGUAUAAGACGUCCUGUUCAUGCCAAUAAACAAACAAG